GCGCUCUUUGCGUCAUCAGCGUGCGCCUCCAGGAUAAAAAAAAAAAAAAGGUGUGCUUAUGGAAAGCAUGGCCGCUGCCGAGGCGGCGGCGAUGUUAUCGUCGUCUUUGGAGGUAGACACUGUCCCAGUCCCUGAAACUGCAGGAACAGCCGCAGGAAUGGCUGCGACCUCUUCAGCUACGGCUGCAGCGGCGGUAGUUGCGGCCGCGGCCAGGACCGGAUCCGAAGCUAGGGUCUCCAAGGCCGCUUUGGCUACUAAACUGCUGUCCCUGAGCGGCGUGUUCGCCGUGCACAAGCCCAAAGGGCCCACUUCAGCCGAGCUGUUGAAUCGGUUGAAGGAGAAACUGCUGGCAGAAGCUGGAAUGCCUUCUCCAGAAUGGACCAAGAGGAAAAAGCAGACUUUGAAAAUUGGGCAUGGAGGGACCCUAGACAGUGCCGCCCGAGGAGUUCUAGUGGUUGGAAUUGGAAGGGGAACAAAAAUGUUGACCAGUAUGUUGUCAGGGUCCAAGAGGUAUAUUGCCAUUGGAGAGCUGGGGAAAGCUACUGACACGCUAGAUUCUACGGGCAAAGUGACAGAAGAAAAACCCUAUGAUAAAAUAACACAAGAAGAUAUUGAAGGUAUUCUGCAGAAGUUUACUGGGAAUAUAAUGCAAGUACCCCCCCUCUAUUCUGCCUUAAAGAAAGAUGGCCAGAGACUUUCAACUUUGAUGAAGAGAGGUGAAGUCGUAGAAGCAAAACCUGCCAGGCCAGUUACUGUGUACAAUAUCUCCCUUCAGAAAUUCCAGCCACCAUUUUUCACGUUAGAUGUUGAAUGUGGAGGAGGUUUUUAUAUCCGAAGCUUGGUCAGCGACAUUGGCAAAGAACUGUCUUCCUGUGCCAAUGUGCUAGAGCUGACCCGAACCAAACAGGGACCCUUCACGCUGGAGGAGCACGCCCUUCCUGAAGACAAGUGGACAAUUGACGACAUCGCUCAGUCUCUGGAGCAUUGCUCGUCUCUGCUCCCAGCAGAGUUGGCACUUAAAAAAUCAAAACCCGAGGAGCCUAAUGAACAGGUUUUGAGUUGUGAAUAUAUAACUCUAAAUGAGACAAAGGGAGAAGAUGAUGUAAUUAAGACAUUUUGAGAUGGACCUGGGAAUAUCAUUUCCUGUGUGGCAUUUGAAUCCCGUGUGCAGAUGCAGACUGAUAAGCUACAUGCAGGAGACCCCUAUUCCUGACUUCAUGUUUUGCAUGGAGGAAAUGUCCACCAUUUACAGGUUUCUAUAGUAUAUGAUUUGUUUACUAUGCCUUAUAUAUGGCCUGGUAAUUCCAUUCUUUGCCGUGCUAUGGAAUGUUCUUUUGGAUAGUUUUAUGUUAAAAUGUGAAUAGGAUUGGAUUCAGGAAAAUAUAACUUUCUGAAUUUGAUGUGUCUUCAGUCUUUUCCUGUGAAAAAGUUGAACAAAUUUUCUAAUCAAAGAAAAAAUAUGGGCCACGUAUUUUAGUUUCACAAAAGUGAAUGUAAUUUAGUGUUAUUUUGACUUUACUUAGGCUUUCUGGUGGCUCCAUUUUAUUGAAAUCCAUGAACUUUUUUGAAAUAGCUGCUAUUGAACUCUUUUCUUGUGUUUUAGAGAGUUUGUUAUUAUUACAAACAUUUCUGUGAUAAAACUGCACUCAUCUAGUAUUACUUGUGUUUAUUUAGAUCUUGGAAACAAACCUUUAUAAUAAAUAUUAGUAAGUGAACCAAAUUAUUAUUGCUGCCACUUAUAUAUAAAUAGAAGACUAAUAUUUAAUUAAAUUCACUAGUACUCUACUAUUUGAGCAGAAGACAGCCCCUAUAGUUUUGCAUUUUGGUAGCUGUAAGAUAUUUUCCUGUAAUUUUAUCAACAUAGUCAACCUCUUUGUACCAUUUUGUCCCCGUGACAUUGUAUCUUCAGUCAUUUGCUCUUUCAGGUGAUACUUGCAGAUGUUGAAAUCGCUGCCCUGUAUUUCCAUUUGUCUCCUGCUCUAAAUAUUUUUUAAAAGUUAUUCUCAAACUUUUUUUUUUUUUUGAGAGACAGAGCCUCAAGCUGUCACCCCGGGUAGAGGGCUGUGACAUCACAGCUCAGAGCAACCUCCAAUUCCUGGGCUCAAGCGAUUCUCCUGCCUCUGCCUCCCAAGGAACUGGGAUUACAGGCGCCUGCCACAGCGCCCGGCUGUAUUCUCAAACAUUUUUAUUCACAUAGCUUCCUGAGAGUUUCCUAUCACUCUGUACCAUAAUUUUGAAAAUGUGGUCAUAUUACAAAAUAGUAAAUUUCCUAUAUAAUGAGUGCUUCGUAAUUCGUGUUAUGGGAAAGCAAUGCAAUACAUAUGCAGCUGGACUCAGAAAUGCAAAGAUCCCUCUUCCUUUACUCAACUGUAGUUUCAAAAGGAAGACUUAUUAAAGAUUUUAUAACAGGAAGAGUUUUUAGAUUUUAUAUGGAUGGACUUUCUUUUUAAAGGUGGUUGCCUGCUUGCGAGCACUAAAUGAGAUUUUUAACAUGUAAACUGAAGUGGUUAACCUAAUGUAAACUCAGUAUAAAAAGUUAAAUGCAUCAAUAGAAUGUUCUCAGCAUGUUGGCACCAUUUUAGGUGAAAAUAUUAAAACUAAUUCUUAAUGUGAAACAGAAAAUUACAAGGAAAAGAGUAUUGAUAAUCCAUUAGCAUAAAAUGCCAAGCACACGAAGUUUAUAAUUUUACUUACUCACACCUAGUGCCCCAUAGUCCGUGUCAGCUGAGGGUAGCUCUGGCUGCGCUGCCUGAUGAAAUCACACAAGUGACAGUGUGUCUUCGUCCAUCGUGAGUGAAGUCCAGUAGAGAAAUAUUUAAGUUUCAGAACACAGCCGAAGUCUGUUCUAUUUCUCAAACUUAAAAAAUGGACAUGAAUAGUUUAUUAAUAGGGAAGAGUAGAAAUUGUUUGAAAAGGCAAGUAACUUUUUAAAAACAAUAGCCAAUUUUUUUCUUUUAUAUUGAAAACAUUGAAGGACGUUUUGGCAAAUGGAAAAGUUACCCAUCAUCCUCACCUUCCUAAUGCAGUAACUUUAGAAUUUUAAUUUUUAUAUCUCUCCUCCCCUUUUUUAUUCACUUAAUUACAAUCUUAAGGCACCUAUACUUUUUAAUUGACUGUUUUUCAUUUGAUAUUAUCUAUUUGUAUUUAGUUUUGGUAAUUAUUUUAAUUAUCUUUAUAUUCAUAAUUUAUUUAAACCAUUUUUAUAUUGGUGAAUACUUAGUUUUCUAUUUUGUUAGGAUAAAUUCCUGAGAGUCGUAUUAUUAGGUGAAAUAAUAUAAACAGUUUUAUGAUUUAUGUUUGCCUUAUCGCAUUUCCAAAGGUUGUAACAUUUUAUAGUGUCACCAUUUGGGUAGGGGUUUUAUAUAUUAUUGCUAAUUUAGUAAAGUAUAAGAGAGAGAUCAACGUUUCUCUAUAGUGUCUUUUGUGUGAUUUAUCUGUAUACUUUGUUCAUUUAUAUAAAUAAAUGUCUUAAUGGUUUCU